UGUUUUAUGAGUUUUCUGAAGCUAUGAAACACCAGAUGCUGCCAUUGGCAGAAAAUCUCAAUCUGAGACAGGUUUCCAAUUUGGAAGACAUAUUUGGCCGACUAGAAAAGGCUAAUAAGUACAAAGUUAUAUGCAUUCAGAUACAGUCCCAGGAAUAAAUAAUCACGAUGUUAACCUCCAGCAGAACCGAGUAAUCGAAGCAAGGCAAUUGCAACAGAUGCUUGUGUACAAACAAGCUAAGUUGCAGUUAUUGCGUCUGAGGCAGGAACGACUGCAUAAAAAAUAUCAAUUGCUGCAUUCUGGAAUUCAGGAAACUAAACUUGUAUCAAAAUCUUUUGCAAACCACUGUAAACCUGGUGGUAGAGGUGUUCAGCUUAAAGAUAGUCACGUGACAUUUGUUUUAGUUGACCAGAACAGCAAAAACACGUUUACUCAGGAAGAAUGUCAAAAAGUGGCUGCAAAGAGGCAAGAGCUUGGGUCUUUGGCUAAUAAAGUAAAAGAGUUAAUUCAGUCACUCAUCUUCUCCUGUAAGAUCAAAGGAGAACCAAGUUCCACUGAUGUUGUUGUAUUAGUUAAUGAACAGUUGAAGAAAAAAUCAGCUAACAGAUUUGUUCACCAGUACCUACAGCUAUGGGAAGUGGUUGAUCUCGAGAAAAAGAAUUUGCAGUAUAACCUUAAGCUCAACUACCUUGGUUUCCUUCAUCAAAGGUUCACCAUAACUGUUGGUCCAGUAGCAAGAAUAAUAGCGACAAACAAAUUGAUUGAAGCUAACAUUAAGAAGAGUUACCCAACCAUAAAUGCUUGCGUUGCCUUUGCAUAUGUGUUCAAUGCUGAGUGCUCUCAUGAUCUUGGUAGUUCAAAAAACUUGGCACUAGAGACACAUUUAACCAGUCUCCUUUUAGAUAACCUGCUAGACGUAGUUGAGGAGGCACUCACGGUUAAAAUCGAGCCAAGUAAUUUGAUUAAAACAAGUUUUAAUUCCCCAAGUGCUGACCAACUUGAUUUGCAACUCCAAUUUAUUGAUUGCAAGACUGGACAUAUAGUGACUCUGACUCUGGACAUGACUUGUUUGAAACAAGGUGUCUACCCCAUGGAGAUUUUUCCUUCAUAAGUGCAGUCACAAUCACCAGUAUCGCAACUGCGCUCUGCUGAAAUUUUGUCAGCUGUUAAGGCUCUAAAACCUGAUCACCUUAGGAUUCUAAGGCUCUGUAGAUGUGUUUCUCAGGUACUAAGAAAUCAUCAAUAAGACUUUACAACUAGCAAUAACUCGAACAUACAACCAUCCCUAACCUCAGUAUUACAACAUGCAUACAUAAGACCGUACACCUAGCAACCAUUGGUUGAUCAUACAACCAUCCUUAACCCCAGUUUUACUCUUUGUAUGGUGUAUCAAUGAAUUUUGAUCGGAGUCAGCGCUAAAGCACGAUCUACUUUACUUGAAAAUCUUGUUCGUAAAUUCCAUUAAAAGAA